UAAAGCGUACAUAGAUUUGAAACGGUUUGGUGUCUUGUGCGAAGUGUGCAAAAGAAAUCUAUACCGUUUAUUCAUUUCUCUCUUGGAAUUUUCUUUGAAAACAAUGGCAUCGAGAGAUGAUGACAAACAAAAUAUCCCCGAACUUAUAUUCGACGCAGGGGCUAAUGUAACGUACAGGAAAGGCAGAUUCUUCGGAAAGGGUGGUUUUGCGAAGUGUUACGAGAUAACUGAUAUGAAGACCGGCAAUGUGUAUGCUGGUAAAAUUGUCUCCAAGAAUCUGAUGACCAUUCAAAAUUACAAGGAGGAGUUGACGCAGGAAAUAGCUAUUCAUCGAAGUUUAAACCAUAGAAAUGUGGUGGGAUUCCAUGGAUUUUUUGAGGAUAAUCAGAAUGUCUAUAUUGUGUUGGAACUUUGCAGGAGAAGGUCAAUGAUGGAGUUACACAAACGCAGAAAAGCUUUAAUUGAGGCUGAAGUCCGAUAUUAUAUGCGUCAAAUACUGCUUGGUGUUAUUUAUCUCCAUGAACAGAGGAUUAUCCAUCGUGAUCUCAAACUUGGGAAUUUAUUUCUUAAUGAUGACUUGGAAGUGAAGAUUGGAGAUUUUGGCCUUGCUGCUAAGAUUGAAUUUGAUGGAGAGAGGAAAAGGACAGUUUGUGAUACACCCAACUACGUUGCUCCAGAAGUCGUGACCAAGAAGGGGCAUAGCUUUGAGGCGGACAUCUGGUCAAUUGGCUGUAUAUUGUACACACUGUUGAUUGGAAAGCCACCGUUUGAGACUAAUUCGCUGCCGGAGACAUAUUCUCGGAUAAAGAGGUGUGAAUAUAAGAUACCAGCAUCCUCACAGAUAUCAAGUUCUGCCAUUAAAAUGAUCCGAGCAACACUCCAGCUGGAUCCCAAGUGCCGACCAAAGGUGGAGGAACUUCUCAACAGUGAAUUUUUCACAUCUGGUUACAUUCCAUCCCAGUUGCCUGUAUCCUGUUUGACUGUGGCCCCAAGAGCAGAUAAACUGGAGAAGGUUGUGGGCAGGAAACCUCUUCUUGAAGUCAACACCAUUAGUGAAGUGGGUGCAGGUGGUUCAAGUCCAAAGAAAAAGACUGGAUCCGGUCAUCCCAGUGGCAGCCUUCCUCGACACAAUAGUGAUCAGCGUGACAGUCCAGCAGCUGACUCUCAUCACCAUCUUCUCACCCUAAGAGACCAGUUGUGUUCUCUGCUCAAAUCAAACCCUAGCAGAGAGACCAGAGUGUCUGGAGAUGAAGACACUGACCCAGCUGAGGGCACUGACCCAGCUGCUCAGCCUGUUGUUUGGAUUAGUAAGUGGGUAGAUUACUCAGACAAAUAUGGGUUUGGAUACCAGCUUUGCGACGAAGGUGUCGGCGUUUUGUUCAAUGAUUCGACCAAGCUUGUCAUGUUAGCUAAUGGAAAGAAUGUGCAGUACAUAACCCGUGAAGGAAAGGAGUUCUACUACUUGAUGGAGGAGUACCCGGACACAUUGGACAAGAAGAUGAAAUUGUUGUCAUACUUUCGUCGUUAUAUGACUGAACAUCUAGUGAAAGCUGGUGCAACCGUUCCCGUUCGUGAAUGUGACUCUCUAAGCAGAGUGCCUUACUUGACCCGGUGGUUCCGCACCUCAUCAGCUGUUGUGAUGCUCCUGACCAAUGGGACCCUGCAGAUCAACUUCAUGGACCACACGAAGAUCAUCAUGUGUCCGCUUAUGGCUGCAGUCACGUAUAUAGAUGAAAACAAGAACUUUCGCACUUUCCGGUUUAGUUCAAUUAAACAGAAUGGUUGUAACGAAUAUCUUGGCUGUUGCCUUAAAUAUGCUUUGGACAAGAUAAAUCUUAUUCUGUCAACAUAACUGAAAGUUUUUGAUAUGCUUUGUCAAGAUGAUGUAAUUGUUUGAAAGCUGGUAUUUUGUCAUAGGGUGAACAUUUCACAUUUUAAACUGUGUGUGUGCCCUUUGCCUGUACACAUGUCAGUAUUUUAUAUCAGUGAUACUGGAUUUUGCAUUUGUACGCAUGCACAGAAUGGCAGCAGUCAUAUUUCUUCCAUAACAAUGAUUGGACAAAAUCCCAUUGAGGCUAUUGAAAUUGUUCUUUCAUCUUUCUUUCUAAUUACAAAAGUGUGGUUGCCACAGUAAAUACUGGUUUCCUCCAGCAUGUUCUUAAAUCAUUGGUUUUACUUGUGUUUUUGGCUUUCAUGUGAAGGAAUUACCAAUUGCUCACAAAUCACCCAACCUGCAAGUUGAUUUUAGGUUGCACUUCAACUAAAUGAGUUUGUCGCCUCUGACGACUUAACAGCUGUCUCU